CUAUAAGCGCAUCCAUGCAUAGCAGCGCAAAGGCAAUAUUACACUGUAGCACUAUAGAGUGAACAACGAGGCCACUGCGCAAGCUUAGUCAACGUUGAUCGUCCGUCGUGAUAAAUGUCCGGUUGUGUCUCUCUUCUCGAUCAUCCGCGGAAUAAUAAUAACAAUGUGCAAAUACUGAAAUAAAAACACGCUCACACAUACAAACGAAGAGCCGGUUUUAACGUCAGCAGUGCUGCUGCUUGUUGAACAUCUCUGUCUGUGCCACAUCGUCGUGAAGUGUGUCAUGCGCCGGUCGGCAACCAACGUUUAGCUCUAGGCAUGAUGAUGGCUAAGUUAAGUGUAAUUUUAAUAUGCUGUGCAUUUCUGGAGUUUGUCUCCAGCUCAUACGUCUCCGAUGGAGCCGAUCUUAUGUACGUCGAAGUUGACGACACGCCAAAGGUCAAAUGGAUUGUUCCUGAGACCAACGACAUUGAGAAUAAUAGUCUGACCAGAAGAAAGAGAUCAUUACAUGCGGAAACUGGUUAUCACAAAACUCAUGUUGCUGGAUGGUUUACUAAAAUGCCAGAAAUAUGUCAGAAUAAGCUAAAAAAGUUGUGCGUUGUUGUUGACAAAGAGGUGGAUGAUCUAUUUUUCCUUGAGUGUGUUCAGACUUUUAAGCCAAACGAAGUAUCUGCUAUAGGAGAUCAAUGCCAACACGAGAUUUAUAAAUAUAUCAAAGAUGUUACCACUAAUGAAAACAUCAAGAAGAUUACUAAAGAAGAGUGUGGUGAUACAUUGGAAAAUUUCAAGUGUCCAAUGACUUAUCUCGGAUCUUAUUUAGCAUGCUUAGUAAAUAAAAAAGAUAAAGUAGCAGAUUUGCAGUGCUCUGACUUUAUUCAGCGGCUCGACUGGGUUACCAAUGAUUUUAAGAUUGUCUCUGUUUCUUUUGGUCCUGAGUGCCAGAAUGAUGUUGAAAAAUUUCAAUGUGGCAGGAUUCAAGUGCACAAGGACAUUUUACAAGGACAAACCCUGGCAUGCUUACAAAAACAUGUUAACAAACUGGAGCUAGGUUGUAAAAAGCAAAUUCUCCAUGUUACUGAAAUACAAGCUGAUAAUAUUAAAUUGGACAGGCAACUAUAUCUUGCAUGUUCAGAAGAUCACAUCAAAUUUUGUCCUAAUAUUCGUCCAGGUAGUGGUCAGGUAUACAAGUGUUUAAUGCAGCACAAAUUGGAUAGGUCAAUGACAAGGUCUUGCCAAGAGCAAUUAGUUAGGAGAGAGAAAUUGAUUGCUUCAGAUUAUAGAGUUAGUAGAGGAUUAGUGAGAGCUUGCAAAGAAGAUAUAAAAAGUUACCGCUGUCGUAGAAAUGUAUCAGAUGAUAAAGAUAUAAGACUUGCACAAAUUCUUUUGUGUUUGGAAUCAGCAGUUAAGAAUGGUAGUAAAGUAACUGCUGACUGUCAAGUUGAAAUGUUUGACCAUAGAAAAAUACUUAUGGAGGAUUAUAGGUUGUCUCCAGAAAUUGUCAAUCAUUGUGCCAAUGACAUUCAACAAUUUUGUAACAAUUUGGAAGUUGGUGGUGCUACUAUUCAUUGUUUGAUGGAAUACACUAGAAUUAGGAAGAGAAAAACUAGAGUUUCUCCUGUAUGCCAAAGAGCAUUGGAAGAGCUUAUCAAAGAAACUGAUGCUGGUGAAGAUUGGAGAGUGGAUCCAGUUCUAAGAGAAGCGUGUCAAUCAGUUGUGGAUGUGGCUUGCAAAGAUGUCCAAGGAGGAAACGCAAGAAUAAUAUCUUGUUUGAUGGACAAGCUAGGAACUGAUAGAAUGACUGAGGCUUGUGAAACAGCUCUUGUCCAAAUUCAAUAUUUUAUAGCGAGAGAUUACAAACUAGAUCCUCAAUUGUACAAAGCUUGUAAAGCUGAUGCAGUUCACUUUUGCCAUGCUAGAGAUGCAUGGGCCAAUGAUGGAACACAAGUAGAUGUAGAGAAUGGCCCACUUGUGUUACCUUGUUUGUACAGAUAUGCUUAUCAUCCACAAGAAAAUAUGACGCUAAAAAAGAAUUGUUUAGACGAGAUAAGAAGGGUUAUGCGACAAAGAGCAGUAGAUGUUGAUCUCCAACCUGAAAUAGAAGAAGUUUGUUUGGAGGAUUUAGCAUCAUUCUGUUUUGAUAAGACUGCUAAAGGAGAGGAGAUAUUAUGUUUACAAGACAGAUUUGAUAGUUUGAAUCCAAACUGUAAAUUCGCUGUAGGUAAUUUCACUGAAGUGCAAGCGGAAAGAGUAGAAUUAAAUCCAAUCAUUUCAAUGUCUUGCCGUCAUAUUAUGGAAAAACAUUGCGCGGAUGUAAUUAAAUUUGGAAGAGAUGAAGGUGACAUGAUGGAGUGCUUGAUUGAGCAUAAAAAUGAAUUAGACAGUCGGACAGAUAGUAAAUGUAAAGCUGCAGUUGAACAUUUCCAAUUAAUCUCUCUUAAAAAUUACCACUUUACAUUCAAGUUUAAAGAAGCCUGUCGGCCAAUGGUCGUAAGAUGGUGUCCAUUAGCCAAGACUAAAGGUGAAGUUAUUGCUUGCUUAAGUGACAUUGUUCAAAAAGACAUUAUCCAAGAUUCUCAACAUAAAAUUACAAGAGAAUGUCGACAGCAGCUCAGAGCUCAACUUUAUCAGCAAAAAGAAAACAUCAAGUUCGAUCCCGAAUUACAAAAAGCUUGCUCUGAUGAAAUUAAACAAUAUUGUGAUCACGUUAGUCCCGGAAACUCACAGGUAUUGGAAUGUUUAGCAUCAAAAAAAUCAAAACUAGGAGAAAAAUGCCAUUCUCAACUGUUUAAAGUUAGAAAACAAGAAUUCCAAGAUAGUGCUAUAGAUUUCGCUCUUUUAAAUACUUGUCGUUCUAUGGUCAAACAAUUUUGCCAUGACGUUGAUAGAUCGAAAGCUUUAGAUUGUUUAAAACGAUACAAAGAUGAAGCUAUGUUUGAUGAUAAGUGUAAAAGUUUUGUAUUGAAUAGAAUGGCUGAACAAAACACUGACUAUAGGUUCAAUGCAGCAUUGCAGUCGGCUUGUUCAGUUGAUAUUAACAAACAUUGUAAACGGGAAAUAAAAAACCAACCAGCAAAUAAAGAAUUAGAGGGCAAAGUAAUCCAAUGCUUGAAAAUCAAAUUCAAAGAGGCAAAGCUUUUGUCUAGGUGUGAACUUCAAAUGGAAAAUAUACUACGAGAAGCUGCUUUAAAUUACCAUCUCAACCCAUUGAUUGCUGCAUUAUGUUCUGAAGAGAUUGAAAAACUUUGUAAAACCGACGAAAGCAAUUCUCCUGGCAAAGUCGAAGAAUGCCUGAAAAAUGAGUUUACAGCAGAUAAUAAAGAAAUGAAAGAAGCUUGCAGAAUACAAGUGGCAGAAAUGAUUGAAGAAUCUAAAGCUGACAUAAAUGUCGAUCCACUUUUACAACAAGCUUGCGCUGUUGAUGUUAGUAAAUUCUGCCACAUGGUACAACCCGGAGCAGGCAGACAUAUUAAAUGUCUACAAAAUGUCUUAAAAGACGAAAAAAGUUCCCUUCAACCAGAUUGUUAUAAAAUGUUAACCACUAGGAUUGAAAUGUUUAAAAAUGCAGAGAAGUUGGCAGCUCCGGAAACGUUUGGAGAGCUUUACGAGUCUGUAAAUCGGUCACCAGCAAAGAGAUACUUUUUAAUCUUCGCAUUUUCAGCAAUAGGCAUUAUAUUCGUUAUGGGUUUAUCGUGUGGGCGAAUGUCACAUCGCACAAUGUUGAUGAAAAAUAAAUGAUUAAUCAACUCAAGAUUUCGUGGUAAAACCAAAUUAAAACGCAUAUACACUCGCAAAUCUUGCGCUAUCUGAAAUCAUCAAAAAACAUCGUGCGAACGAUAAUAUUGUAAUUUUGUACUGUUUUGGGACCGCUUUGAUUUACUAGCUCUAUAAGUAGAAAAAAAUUCCAAAUUCUUUUUAAGACUUAUAUAAGUAUUAACGUCCAGUGGUGAUGCGAAGUGCGUAAUAAUGAUAAUUUGUAAAGAUUUUGUAAAAAGUUUAUGUAAAUUAUAUAAAAUAGCGAUAGUCAAAUAAUAACAGUCACUAUUACGAAGUAGAGAAAUGCAUAUUUGUGGUUGUUGAAAUAGAAUUUAAAUAGACGUGGUUCUAGAGAAAAUAAAAAUUACGAGAUUUAAGCAAAAGUGUUAUACUUGUUUCAAAUAAUUAAUUUUCAGAAAAAACGAAUGAAUUUUGAUUAAAAAUAUUUCACGCUGAUAUUGAAAAUUGAAAAUUCGAAAUCUUCACUAAGCAGCUUAUACGAAUAGAAAUUAGAGUUAAAGUACCUGAUGGAUUAUUUAUACCAUUAUGAUCAUUCAAUGUCUAUUGUAAGUAUUCAAAGUUUAAAUAACGUUUAAAUGAAUUCUCUAAUUUUUAAAAUCAACAUACAAUUGUUAUUAUUGAUCAAUGCUUGACUAAACACUUGAUGAGUAUUGCAUUUUUGUUUUAAAUUUCAAAAAAUUCGCAUUAACCGCAAUCGAUAAACCAACAAAUUUCAAACUGAAUCUUGUGAUAACAAAAGGAAUUUAUUUGAUCGAACGCGCGAGCAAGAGUUGAACUCUGUUGUAUCAAAUGGCAUCCGUGGCUUAGGCGUGUGUAACACCUACUCGAGACUUUUACGCACACAUGCAAUACGCGUGGAGAAUUUUAAAAAAGAAAGGCUCAAAUAGGCUUUCUUGCUCAAUGCUUCGUGCUCGUCACCACAACAAUUUCAACUCACUGCGGCUAUGCGCUUUGUAUGUACAUACAUACAUGUUCUCUCUCGCGGGCCACGCAUCAUUUGAAUUGUAAUUCGUAGACGGUGAAGAAUGUCAAGGGACUCUAUAUCAAACUCAGCCAUUAAUAAUAAUAAUUGUGAAAUGUUUCAGUGGCAUUAUCGCUUUCUUCGGUGUUGUAAUAACUAUGCACUACGAUGUGCUCGCUUUAAGCGGUUCCCAAAUAGUGGAAUACACAUUAGCGAAUGAACUUGUUUUUUCCAUCGUGUUUUCUUUUACAAGUCUGUACAUACGAGAGACAAUACGAUUUUCAAUUAGUUUACCGAUAGUUGUGCGCCUGAUCUGUGUGAAACUGACUCAGCCGAAUCAUCACCAUUAUAAAAUAUAUCGUCAAAAUUUUGUAAACUAUUUUUAUGUUUAUAUGACGAAUAUGUGAUAAUAAAAAUUAU